AUGCUUGCAGUGCAUGCGCGUUCACGCGAAGAGGAGUCAGAUUCUGCGGGGGAGUCGGAAAAUACCACAACACCGGUGUCGUGCCAAAAAGUGAUCGUCUGCCAGAAUCUGAUUUGCGGCCGCGGGAGCGCGCACAGCAGCCCGUUGAGCGUGCAGGUUCAUCGCCAUUAUCAUCACCAUACUUAUCACCAUGCUUAUCACCAUGCUUAUCACCAUCGUUAUCACCAUGCUUAUCACCAUCGUUAUCACCAUGCUUAUCACAACGUUCAUCGCUUGGGUUCAUACCACUGUCCUAGUGGUUGGACUAAGUAUGGCUCUCGCUGUUUCUUGGUUCGCAACUACAAACGUACCGCAGCUGACGCAGAGAGAAACUGCGUUGCUCUUGGUGGGAACUUGGCCUCAAUCCACAGUCACAGAGAAAACGUGUUCGUCAGGAACCUGAUUUACACAAAAUGUCGCUCAUAUGCACAUGCCUGGGUAGGGAUGUAUGAUGCAAUUCAGGAGGGGAAGUGGUUGUGGACUGAUGGUUCCAAGGUUAGAUUCACAGCUUGGAGCCAUGGAGAGCCAAACAAUUACCGCCAAGAACACUGCACAGAGGUCAACUGGAAAGGUACCAAUAUUAUUUCUUUGACGUCAAAAGCUGCUUCUCUUUUGUAG